UAUCGCACAAAACUACAGCCUAAGGCGAGUCUUUAACUCGCCGUUGUAGCUAAGUCGACAAAACUGGAAAUUGUUUUUGUUCAUAAUUGCUAUAGUUUCUAGGUCAUUGCCCAAAAUAGGAAUUGAAAAUGUAUGCACAAUUUUCUGAUGCGACUGAAGCUCAAGAACAGGGAACAGUUGCAACAGAUUCUACCACGCCAAAACCAGAAGGAAAUGUACAUUUUGGUACAAACGGAGGAGCACAAUCAUCGAAUAAACCAACAGCCGCAACUUCAACGCUGAGAUGCGACAUCAACAAAUCUACCGUUGUCAUAGCAGUUGUUCUAAUCUUCAUAUCUGCACUAACCAUUGCCAAUUUUGUGAUGUUGAUGCAGAUCCGACAAGGAACAUAUCUUGGAACGAGGGUUCAAGAUAUUAUACUGAAAAUGAAUAAAACUAUGCAAGCAAAAGUGAGAGGACAAUGCCACAUUUCCUACGGCGGGAAAUGUUUCUGGGAAUUACAGCGUGAGUUUGAAUUCAUCGAUGCACAGCGAGCCUGCAGCGCACACGGAGCGUACCCGGCAAAUAUAUAUAGUUCUCGCCAUUUUAUGAUGAUCGCUGCAUAUCUGCGACAUACAAAAACCGGAAAGGGGAACAGCGUUUGGAUUGGAAUGACUCGGGAUUCUCAGUCCGACAAAAACUACUACAGAAACGGCGAGGAAGUCAAAUACAAGAUGAAAUGGUUCUUGAAAGGGUAUCCGAUUGACAACACAUCUCGUGAUCAGUUAGCUAUCCGGUAUGAUUUGGACUCCUUGUUCGACGGAUUCGUCAAUGAGAUUCCAAAUGCAAAACUUCACGGUGUGCUGUGCGAAAUAUAAACACGUUCCUUUCAUCCAAACUAUAUUUACCCGCACUAUUAGACUCUGAGAAUAUUACUUGCAAUGUAUUUUAUUCCUGGUAAGAUAUGCUUUUUGUGCUGAGUGGCAGAUAGGUAAAUGAUAAACACCUUCAUAACCUCUUUUAGGGCAGGACUUCAGAGCCGCAGUUUAGGGGUUUCACUGACAC